AUGCUGGCCACAAGACUUGUGUGUCUCCAGACACUACCUUCCAGGGUUUUCCACCAAGGUUUCACCAGGGCCUCCCCUGUUGUGAAGAAUUCUAUCACAAAGAAUCAGUGGCUCUUAACACCCAGCAGGGAAUAUGCCACCAAGACAAGAAUUGGAAUUCGGCAUGGGAAAACCAGCCAAGAACUCAAGGAGACAGCUUUGGAACAAUCAUUGGAAAAAAUAUUUUAAAUUGAUCAGAUGGAAAGAUGGUUUAUUGCUGCAGUUGCUCUUGGAGCUUUGUGCUACUAUGGCUUGGGAAUGCCAAUGUCUAAUGAGAUUGGAGCUAUUGAAAAAGCUGUAAUUUGGCCUCAGUAUGUGAAGGAUAGAAUGCAUUCCAUCUAUAUGUACUUAGCAGGAAGUAUUGGCAUAACAGCUUUGUCUUCCCUGGCUAUGAGCAGAACUCCUGCUCUCAUGAACUUCAUGAUGAGAGGCUGUUGGGUGACAGCUGGUGCAACCUUUGCAUGCAUGAUUGAAGCUGGAAUGCUGGUACGGAGCCCAGGCCCAAAGCGUCUUGCUUGGUUACUACAUUCUGGUGUGAUGGGUGCAGUGGUGGCUCUUCUGAUGAUGUUAGGGGGGCCUCUUCUUGUCAGAGCUGUAUGGUACACGGCUGGCAUUGUGGGAGGCCUCUCCACCAUGGCCAUGUGUGUGCCCAGUGAGAAGUUUGUGAACAUGGGAGCACCCCUGGGUGUGGGCCAGGGUGUUGUCUUUGUGUCCUCACUAGGAUCUGUGUUUCUUCCACCUACCACUGUGGCUGGUGCCACUCUGUACCCAGUGGCAAUUUACGGUGGAUUAGUUCUUUUCAGCACGUUUCUCCUGUAUGACACACAGAAAGUAAUCAGGCAUGCAGAAGUAGUACCAGCAUAUGGAGUUAAAAAAUAUGAUCCCAUCAAUUCGAUGUUGGGAAUCUACAUGGACAUUUUAAACAUAUUUAUGCAAGUUGCCAGUAUUCUAGCAACUGGAGGCAACAGAAAGAAGUGA